AUUAACUUUGAAAGAGGAAUCAAAGCUGUUGUAGUGAGGAGAGUUUGUGAGCUAACCUGGCGAAAUGACACAAUACGAAAAUAAAGAGGAUUUCCUUCUUUUUCUUCAAAAAAUUCGAGCAGAUCUUAAGCAAUUUAUACAAAAAAGAACAAGGCUGGUUACUUUGCUUGUUGACGUUGCGUUCGAAAUACAAAAGCAUGAAAAUAAUAGUCGCAUUGCCCAACUCUCGGGUGAUUCAGCUUCAAUCGUUGGCACUUGUUUAGCAAUUGCAGGUGGUGGGUGCGUUUGUCACUUUGGUGCUUCUUUGCCUCUGACUAUUGCUGGUAUCAGUCUUUCAUUGGCUGGUGCAACAACUUCAAAGGGCGCGCAACAAGUUACUACAAUUUUGCAAUCUAUUAAAGUCAAAGAAGCUGAAGAAGCUCUUCAGGAAGACUUUAGAAUUAGGCAAAGACUUCAGAAUGAAAUUGGCCAUUUUUAUCUAUUCGAAGAUUUAUUUGAUGCUACGGAUAUAUGCAAUAAUGUUGUUGGUAUUUGCGAUGCUGCCGGAUUAUUCGAUUUCCAGUUUUUUCCUGACGAAAUUGGUGUUAUUUUCAAUGGAGUAGCGCUUGGUUUUAGUAUUCAUUCGUUGAUUACGACAUCUAUUGACGUACACAAGGGUUCGAUUGUAAAAGUUGUGAAAGACAUUGACGAAAUAGCUCAGAAGUUGUUAAAUACUAUCGAAAAUAUUGAACACGCACUUAUUGUCAUCAAUAAUUUUAUUGAUUGUAAUAAUUAAUUAGAGUAUCCAUUUUCACCAUAUUGUUUCAAAAUAAUCACAAUUCUGUCCAGUUAAA